AUGAUAUUUAUUGUGCUUGUGUUAUUCUUAGUGAUCGAGUGCAUUGCCUAUCCCAGUGUAACAACUAACAAAACCGAAAGCCAGUACAGAUAUGACAUAGUUAAUGUGACUUUUAUAGAGCAAACUAAAACUGAAAAUUUCAAUCCGAAGAAAAAUCAUACAUCAGACAGAAAAAUCUAUCAUUUAAAUAAAAUUAAUUCGAUAAAAAAAGAAAAUCAACAGAGCGUGUCUCGUAAUUUUGCGCUCAUUCCUCGUAUGGAUAAUGUGUCUUUUAUUCAAGCAGCUGUGAAGGAUACCAAUGAAAGUACUUAUGAUAGAAGUCAAAUUGAACCUUAUAAAGGAACGAACCUGAAAAAUAACUCAGAACACACAAAUGAUUAUUUUAAUCAACCUACCAUUGAAAAUAGUAAUAAUAGUGAAGCAAAUUAUGAAAAAGACCCGAUGCCAUUAGAGUUAAAUAUUUUUAAAGGAGAUGAAUGCCCAUCUGGAUUUACCAAAAUAAGUGAUCGAUGUGUAAAAGUAGAUAACAAAUCUUAG